AUGGGAGACAUCGAACAGCGUCUGCGAUUAGUUUUCCUUGGAGCUGGUGGAGUUGGCAAGAGCGCCAUUAUCAAGAGGUUUCUAACCAACACUUUCCUAGAGCACUACAAAGAAACCAUCGAAGAUCUUUAUUGCAAGGAGUACGAUGUUCAAGGCUCUUUGCUCAAAGUGGAUAUCCUUGACACCGCUGGGAACUUUGCAUUUCCCGCCAUGAGGCGGCUAUCGAUAUCCACAGCUCACGCCUUUGUGUUGGUCUACGCCAUAAAUAAUUACCCGUCUUUCGAAGAAGUGAAACAGUUGCGGGAGCAAAAUGAACUGCGCAGAAACUUUCACGAGUUGCCGUGUGUUGUGGUGGGUAACAAGUGUGAUUGUGAGUCCGAGAGACAAGUUAGCAAAGAUGACGUAUUGCACUGGAUAUACACUUGUGGACUCUCAGAUACGCAGGCACUCAUAGAGGUAUCCGCCAAAACUAAUGAGAACAUUUUUGAAAUUUUCAAGCUUUUGUUGGACCAGGCCAAGAGUCCGUUCGUACGAAUGCUUGAGCCGAUGUUAAAACGCCGGCUGAGUGCCAAUGCAGUGGAGGAGACAGCGGACACCAACUCUGACACUCAGAUGGAGAAAGAGGCGAAGAAAUUCUCUCGAAGUAGAAGCCUUAUUCGGAGGGGAAGCAAACCCAGAAUUAAACGGAUCUUGCCUAAGGCAAAGAAAGCGGAGAAGAAUGACUGUACGCUCAGCUGAAAAUUGCAUCCGCUACACAUACAGCUUUGUGAAUUUCCUUGUUGUGAUUGGACGUGAAUGUGGUUUUGAUGUGUGAUUUGGUUUUUUUACAUAUCUACACGGAUGUGGAUGGCAAUACUUCCCUCCAAUAGGUGGCUUCAAUAAGGUGCUAACUUCUAGGUCGGCUGAUAAACUGAGUUUUAACAACAACCAGAACGACACUUUGGACAUCGACUAGUGAAUGUGAACAUUUGAGUGGUUGUGUAUUUUAUGUUCAGGUUCUACAGUGUGCUUAGUUUUGAUCGUACCGAGUUGUGUAUAUUAGUAUAUUAGUGUAUAAUGAUAGCAUAUAUAUAUUUCUCCACACACAAGAGUGUAUUAUAUAUAUCGCGUUCUGCCACAUUAACAUAGUAGUCCGGAGCUAUAUAUGCAUCUAUUAUAAUGUAAUAGAUAUUGUUUACGGUAUUGUUUAAUGCGUCCUUCUCGUUCUUCAUAACCUCAGCAAAAGAUGGUAAUUAUAUAAUGCCGCGA